GUCAGCCAUUACGCGUGUGAGCGGUGUUUAUACGCGAUAUGUGUUAAAAUGAAAAGCUUCCCAUAUGCGAGAUGCUAACUGGCUAACUGACAUCUGUAUUUUUCUUGCAUCUAAAUGUAUGUCAGGCUGGGUGAUCGGUGUUUUUAAGGUUUACGGAGCGAACAACAUUUGCGCAUUUUAGGUUUUUCAAUAGGAUUAAGUUCAUAAAGCUUCUCUAGUCAAGAGACGAUAAAGUGAAUCAGUUUCCAUCAGGAUGGCCAAAAGUUUGCGCAGCAAGUGGAGGAGAAAGAUGAGAGCAGACAAAAGAAAGAAAGUCGCUCCCAAAGAACUGGCCCGGCUCAAAACAGUGCUGGGUCAGGGAGAGAAAGGAGAGAUCACCAUGAAAGAUGUCGCUGAGAUCGCCACCGUGGUGCCGCCCGAGAAGGUGAAGGAGAAGCCAGAGAACGCUGAGAUGCAGGAAGACGGCGCGGAUGGUGGGAAGAUGGAUUUAGACACCAAGCGCAAUAAAAAGACGAUGUUGGACGAUCAAGGACGGUAUCCGGUCUGGAUGAACCAAAGGCAUAUAAAGAAGGCGAAAGCCAAACGCAUGACUAAAAAAGGAAAACCUAAGACGAAGAAGGGGAUCGCCUGGUAGAUGAACUGAUCUGCUUGCGCGCGGACAUUAUUCCUGGCACAGAAGACUGCUGUGCAUCUUUUUCAUGCACGUUUCUAUGGACCGUUUAUGCAGAAUAACUCUUCAGAGUGUUUGCAUUUGUGAAAUGUGACGUAAUGGUGACUCGACAUCACGAUCAAGGCUCGUCACCAGAUGAUUUGUGGGAAGGGGGUGUUACACAACAGUCUCUUCUAAUGAAAUAUAUAUAUUUUUCACUUUACUUCAUCCUCUGACUCUCUGUACCUGCUUUACUUUGAAGUAACAAUCCAAUAUAUCCUUAUGGAGGAUUUAGUUUUAUUUUGUGAUCAAUAAAAAUGCACAACAUCGAGUCAAUAAA